AUGAUGAUUGAUUGUCCUUACAGAUUGUUCUACGUAGGAGCUCGAGAAGGUCAGAUGCCUUUAGUGCUGACGAUGAUCAAUAAGAACACAAGAACACCCAUUCCAGCAGUUAUUGUGACGGGUGCUCUUGCAAUAGCGUAUUUGAUUUUAUCAAAAAAUGUCUAUUCGUUGAUCAACUACAUUCAAAUUACUUACUGGCUUGCGAUCGCAGCAGCCAUUGCUGCAUUGUUUUACCUGAGGAAAUCUAUGCCUGAUGCUCCUCGACCUAUCAAGGUCUCUUUAAUAUGGCCAGCUAUUUUUCUGUCGGGUUGCAUAGCCCUGGUAGUAGUUCCGAUUAUGGCUGCACCUAAAGACACCGCAAUUGGUAUCAUGAUUCUACUGUCUUCAGUACCAGUAUAUCUGAUAUUUGUCGCGUGGAAAAAUAAGCCGAAAUUCGUCGAACAACUUUCUGGUCAGUUUAGUGAAAUCUGUCUCAGUGGGUAA